AUGGAGCUCCUUGAGACGUCGAUUAAGGCGCUCGAAAUCGCGAACCUCGCAGCGGACAAAAUUCCCAUCCCGGGGCUCAGUACCGCCGUUAGCUGCGCACUCAGUAUCGCGAAGAAAGCAAAGGAUAUCAAAGACACUCGGGACGACUGCCGCGCUCUCGCCAAGCGUGCUGCGGACUUCGUACUUGCAGUAUACCAGCAGCUCAAAAAUGGGAGCAGCGACACGGGGCUCAAGGAGUAUGUCACGAUGUUCCUGCGGAACCUACAAGACAUCGAGAGCUUGAUGGACCGCCGCCUGCGCCCGAGAAUGCGAGAUCGCAUUCGCUUUGUGUUAAGCCGUGACGAGAUCGCGGACCAGGUCGAGGUGCUGACCACGAGGCUCAACGACUCCUUCGGUAUAUUCAUGAUGCGGGCUGCGCUCACCAUUGACGACAGCAUGAACACGCUGACGAGCGGUAAUCUCCGUCUAAUGCAGCACAUCGACGACUCAGCACGUGUCGGAGACGCUGUACUAGGAGAGACCAGGGUCAUCCGCACCGACAUCUCAGACCUUGCGCAUCGUGUGGGGGGGAAUGUGACGUUCGACGGAGAUUUGCGCCUCUUUGCCCGCGAAAACAUCGCCUUACUGGAACCCAUCGUCGACUCGCACAAGCCAUGGGACACCACCAUUACGCAGCGCAGAGACGAAAAUACGCUCGUUCAGGCGAAUUCUUGGCCACGGACUGGACGUGUAUCCCGCCACCGUGGCGUCGUGAAGGCCGCGGGUGACCUGACCGGAACGAAGGUGGUGGUGCACGUGUAUCCUGAUCAAGACGAUCUGCUGUUCAUAGAGGCCCUCAAAUUCGCCCGGCGAAUCUUCCACUCUAAUAUCCUGAGUGUCAUGGGAUACUCCCGUCCGGGAGGUCUAGGCCAGGCUGCGUACAUUGUGACGGAAGGCCGUGAUUUUGACCAGAGGUUGAGCAUGGUUAAAUGGCUCGAUAUCCCGGAAUCGGACCUUGACGAGAUGUGCAUCGAAUUCGAGCUAGGCACGGGCGGGGGCCAGACAAGAUGGAAGAGAUACCAAUCUUCCUGCAUUCCCGUGAAUACAACACUUCUGAUUUGGCAACGUGUAUGCGUGCUGGACGGAUUCGAUGCUGCCUCGAGGAUGAUGCGUGCACUACCGGAUCUAUCUGUCCUUCAAGGACAAUACCGGUACAUCGGUAUAGCCCGGUACCGAGUAUAUUUCACUGAGACGACCAUCACGAUGAGCGUGCAUGCCACUGAGCAGGUAUACCCACCGCUUUGGUUCUUCCUGUUGCAAUUCGACGGCAACAACGGUUCCGCUCACGACUGCAAUAUUCCAACCGGAUUCUGGUCGUCGGAGAAGUAUCCCACCUCGGUGCCGGCGGGUAUCAUCUUCGAUUCGACACCACAGUUUGAGCCUAUUGAGGAGGGCGUGGGGGCCCCACUGUUCACUUCGACGCAAGUGCUUGGAGACCUCGUAUUCACCACACGCACAAAGAUGGCCACCGAUGUUCUGCAGCUCGGUGAAGACGAGCUCCUUGCAUACAGAGAGGUCCAAGAGAGCCAUUAUACGACUAGUGACGCCCAUGCUAGCAACUCGGACGACUCUGGUGGAGAUAGUGUCGCAACGGACGACAGCGAUGAGGAUGACGCCGAAGACUCUGACGCCGAAUCCCUCGCAUCGGGCUCCAGAAACAAUGAUCAUGUCCUCGCAGUCUGUUUUUAG